AUGGAUUUCACUCUGCUCGCAGCCAUUGUAGCAUCUUUGGCUACCACUUCUCUACUACUCAUCACUUUUAUCUACAACAUCUUAAUAUUUCACAAAGGAUCGAGCCAAAAAGUACCCGAAGCAGACGGAGCGUGGCCUAUAAUCGGACAUCUCCACCUCCUCUGCGCUCCUCGAGCCACCUUCAAGAUCUUAGCCGACAUGGUGGACAAAUACAGCCCUAUAUUCCGGUUAAGGCUCGGUGCGCAUCAAGUCCUAGUGAUCAGCGACUCACGAAUCGCCAAAGAGUGCUUUACCACCAACGAUAGAGCGCUCGCUGGCCGGCCCAAGACCUUAGCUUCGGAGAUCAGAACUGGCGCGAUGCCCGCAAGGCUGUCGUGCUCAACCUACUGUCCAACCGUCGUCCAGAUGCUCAGGCGGGUUUGGGAAUUGGGAGUAACAUCGUUUACCCAAGACAUCUACCGAAGCUGGCUGAGGGACAACAAUGAAGAAUCCGAGGAUGUAAAGCUGGAGAUGAAGGAGUUGUUCGGGAAACUAGUCAUGGACAUCAUGAUGCAGAUCCUUUUCGGGAAGCAGUACGAGGAAGAAAGGAAACGGACAGUGGUGACGGUUAGGAGAUUCUUCGAUCUGCUGGGUACGUCUGUUGGGUGA